AUUCCUCAUGUGUUUGUGAAUUGUGCCGAAUGUUUUACUUCAAGGUUACUUCUGGAAGAAAUAUUGAGACAGUUGCGGUGCCUCUUCAUCAAAGAAGAAGAUCCUUCCUUUGUAUCCUGCAACACCUUCAAUGAUUUCAUACGUUUAUUUAAAAAGGCAGCUUUGACACCUGAUCUGCAGAAUCAGACAAUAUAUGUUACGGAGAAGAACGUGAGCGUGGUUCUCCUCAGUGAAAUUGUUUGGGAACUUCUUCGCCCAAGCACAGGAUGCCUUGAGCCACUGCCAUUAUAUUUUCCAGAUUACAGCAUAGGACAUCUGCAGAAGAUUCUGUCCCAUGACCAUCCUCCAGAAUAUUCAUUUGAUUUUUAUGCUGCAUAUAUCAAUAUUCUUCUUGGAGUCUUCUAUCCAGUCUGCAGGGACUUGAAGGAGCUUCAACAUCUGGCUGCACUUAAUUUCUCUAAAUAUUGUGAGCCUGUGGUCCAAGGAGAGGCGAACGAACGCGACACACGCCGACUGUGGAAAAAUAUUGAAUCCCAUUUGAAGAAAGCUAUGCAGACGGUUUAUCUCCGAGAAGUAUCAAGCUCCCAGUGGGAACGGUUACAGCAAGAUAAUGGAGAACCUGGACAAAUAAAAG